GACAGACACGUGUUAAGCUACAGUCAGAAAACAUGUGUUGACUAGUUUAAGGGCGUGUGUGAUGUAAAAAUACUUCUCUGAUGGAAACAAUGGGAGGAUGGUCCUGUUACUAGAUUUGUGGAGUAGAAGGUCAGGGGUUCAAGGUGAGAGAAGGACGUGACAAUGUGACACAGAUAAGAGGUGCCUGUUAAAAACAGAGUUCCUCAAAAGAUGAACCAGAAGGGCUGACACAUACACAUACACACUCAGACCUGAGUUUGGAUUAUCUUCUAACCAACAGCGAGAAAGUAGAGCAUGAUAUUUUUGGUAAUUGCCAGUCUGGUGCUGGAGGUUCUUGCAGAUGCAGGUGUAGUCCUGGACCCCUGCUCUGCAUACAUCAGCUUGAAUGAACCAUGGAGGAACACAGACUACCACGUCAACCAAUCAUCCGGCAUGCCCCUAUGCGACAGCCACGUCUCCGGUGAAUGGUAUCGCUUCACCGGCAUGGCCGGGGAUGCCAUGCCCACCUUCUGCAUCUCUGAGAAUCACUGUGGCACACACGCCCCCAUUUGGCUCAAUGGCAGCCACCCCCAGCUCCACGAAGGCAUCAUCACCCUGCCUGUGUGUGCCAGCUUCAACAACAACUGCUGCCAGUGGAACGCCAGCAUAGAUGUGAAGGCCUGUUCUGGAGGAUACUUUGUAUACCGUCUGCCAAGGCCCUCAGUCUGCUUCCAUGUGUACUGUGGCUAUUUCUAUGAUCUCUGUGAUGACGUCGACUGCACAGGUCCCAGAUGUCCACAGUCUGACUGCCGCUGCGCCCCUGGGACUGUCCUGGGACCAGACGGACAAACGUGCCUGGCCGUCUCAGGUUUAAAGUCCUCUGAAGUUGAUUUAUCAUUCCUAAGUGGAUGGCCUCAAGAUGUGAAUGAAUGCAGUCAGGGCAACGGUGGUUGUGCAGAAGUGUGUGUGAACACGAAAGGCUCCUGGCGCUGUGAAUGCGGACGAGGGCGUGUGCUGGACGAGGAUGGACGUAACUGUAGAGAGAUAGCAGGCUGUCAUGUUAACAAUGGAGGCUGCAGUCAUGUCUGCUCCGCUCUGCCGGGCUCCUAUCAAUGCCACUGUCCCCGGGGGCUGGAGCUGGGAGAGGACAAACGCACGUGUCAAGUUCCAGUCCAGUGUGAUUCCAGCUCUAUUACAGUAUCAGUUCCUAAGGACCUUGUAGGAGGACUGGAGCUCUUUCUCUCCAACUCGUCUUGUCGAGGUGUCUCCAAUGGCACACACAUCAACCUCAACUUCAGCCUAAAGACAUGUGGCACAGUAGUUGAGGUGACAGCUAACAAGAUUGUAGGGACCAACCUGGUGACGGGUCUCCCCAGGAGCAGCCCAGGAAGCAGCGGGGACUUAAUAGUUCGAACCGGCAAAUUAGUGCUCCCAGUUACCUGUGAGUUCCCCAGGGAAUACCAUAUUACGGAUGGAUAUCAGGCAAGCCAGCGCAGCUCAGCCCUAGAGCUGGAGGGCCACAGUGAGGGAGUCUUCACUUUUUCCCUGGAGCUCUUUAAGGACGCUCAGUUCUCAGAACCCUACCGCACCCCACCCCAGCUCCGCCUGCACGACUCCCUGUUCUUUGGGGUUGAGCCUAAGGAGAGAGUGGAGGGCCUCUCUUCUCUGGUGGAGAACUGCUUUGCUACACCAGGGCCCAAAGCUGAUCAGGCCCUGAAGUACUAUCUCAUCAGAGACGGAUGCAUUUCUGAUGAAACAAUGACACAGUACUCAUCAAAGGACCAGCUCUCUAAGCACUACCAGGUCCCCGUCUUCAAGUUCAUUGGCAAGGACAACCGACAAGUGUUCCUGCACUGCCAGGUGCUAGUAUGCCGGGCAGGAGACUCCCGCUGUGCGCAGCGUUGUCGGGGACGUGUCCGACGGGAGGUUCAGACGGAUGAACCUCAGGAGCAGCAUGCGCUGAGUGCAGGCCCCAUCAUUAUCCUGCCUUAAUCAAAUAUAUUACUAUCAACAGAAACAUCAACAAAAAAGCCACAAGGUCAUACCAUCAGCACAGUUGCAUUUGGAUUAAAGUGAACAAAUUAUGGUUUUCCUUAUUUUCUGUCAUACAUGUACUGUUAGAGUGGUGCUUUUUCACAUUAAACACAGUUAAAGUUUCAGAUAAGGUCAGCAUGGCAGUGUUUCUGCAAGUAAUCCCUAUGAGCCAAAAGCUCAGACCUUAGACUGCUCUAAACACUUGGUUUCAGACUUUUUUAUACUCUUGGAAUUUGUAUGAUGUCAAAGAGAGGGAAUAUCCUUAAUACGGUUGCCUCAAGCACACAGCUCAGGCUGUGAGAAAACCCCACCCACCACCCUUUUACACCUGUUUGUGAAGAGAAGCCAAUCAGAAGAAGGAUGGCUUAAAGGGAGAGGAACUAAAACGGCUUGAGCUGAGGGGAUUCACUGAGGCCAAUUAUAAGAUGAAUAGGGAUAAUUUUGAGCAUGUUAAUGCAAAGCUGCUUUUAUAGAGCAUGAUAAAACCCCUUUAAAGAGGAAACAACCAGGAUCUGGUGUUCCAGACGCUAAGUAAAUGUAGACAAAGACAAAAAGAAAUCAACUUCAUGGUCCCACAUAUAUACACAAGCUGUAUAGUAGAUGUACAAUAUGCAUACUCCUCUUUUUCCUCCUUCCACUCUUAUUUAUUAUUUAUAUUGCUGUCUGUUGGCCUUGCAGCACAUU